AGUCAGACAGACUGGCGCGUUAGUUCAUCACCACCUCUCCACUGUGCCUCAUUCAGGACUUAACAAGGAACACACGCAGUUGAGCAGGGGCUGUCCUUUGCCUUCACUCACUCAUUUGGUCAGGAAAUUCAAUAAGAAGCUCUCAAAUGGACUUCAUUCUGCCACCCUCUCUCCCUGUUGGUGGAAUCCCAUGGGAGAAGGUUUUACCACCUCUUAUUCCUCGGCUGAAUGGGAGUUAUGGACAAUAUAACUGGUCCCCGAAAUUACUAGUUCCAGAGACUGACAACACCAGCUCUGCAGAGGUGACCUGUGAUGAAAGUGGAUUUACAGUCCAGGUUGAUGUUAAGCACUUUAACCCAAAGGACCUUCUGGUCAAAGUGACAGGAGAUUUUGUGGAAGUGCAAGGAAAGCAUGAAGAAAAAAAGAAGGAUGGUCCUGGGUUGACAACACGGCAGUUUAACCGGCGUUACCGAAUCCCAAAGGGAGUGGAUACCAUGGCUUUGGAAUCUGCGGUUUCUCCAGAAGGCAUCCUUAUCAUAUCUGCACCCAUGCUGCAAACCGAGAACUGACCUCAUCACAUUAAUGGAAAUCAUGCAAAUCUCUACCAUCUUCAUUCUGUGUAAAAACCAAGUUCAAGACAUCUGCAUAGGCACAUAGACACAAACAGAAAUAACUUCAGGCUCCUACAGUCACAGCAACACUCAGCCUGUGCCAAUACACACAUUAGUUAUGUUCCUGGCACUAUUCUAAUAUUCCCUGCUCUCUGAGGUUUGUAUAUACUGCUCUGCUAUGACUCACCCAUCUUACAUAAUGUUUCAUGGAACAAGUCUUUGUAAAUAAUGUGUUCACAAUUCAAACUGCUGCUUCAUUUUGUGCAACUUUUGUAAAAUGCACUGUAUUGUGAUUGUGAUUGAUUAUGCACACAAACGUAACUCCAAAGUGUUUAAUGUGGAAAUAUAUCUUCAAAAAUGUUAAAAUAAAUGAUGUCUUUAUAAAAUAAAAAAAAUCUAAUGCAUCAA